AUGUCGUACAAUGUCUAUCGAGUCUCUUAUGCUGGCCUUCCCCGGGACCAUCACGCCAUUUUCGUCGAGAUGAAGAACGACCAGUCUGGUCAUUUGUUCCAGGUCACCGGUGACAUACAGAACGGAAUGAAACACAACGAUAAGCCUGCCAAAAAGCCCGAAGAGUCAGGGACCUACCAAAGCAAAGAAGUCAUUGGGAGGGUCGCCGCAGCUGAUUUUGCCCGCAUCCUACCGACUUGCGAGAGCAUCCCUCCGCCAAAAAAGCAAUUUGAAGGACCUCGAAGACUUUAUCCAAAGGAACCGCUUCGUCGCUGCCAGGAAUGGACCUAG